ACAGCAUCGGUAUUACCAAAUGGAAAAGUAUUAGUUACUGGUGGAAACAAUAAUGAUGGCUAUCUAAGUAGUGCUGAAUUGUAUGAUCCAUCAACAGAAACUUGGAAAACUACUAGUAGAAUGAAUAGUGAACGAGGCGAGCAUAUUGCAACCGUAUUAAUAAAUGGAACAGUAUUAGUUACUGGUGGAAAUAACUAUGGUAUUCUACGUAGUGCCGAAUUGUAUGAUCCAUCAACAGAAACUUGGACAUCUACUAGCAGCAUGAAUAGUAAGCGAGUGAAGCACACAGCAUCCGCAUUACCAAAUGGAAAAGUAUUAGUUACUGGUGGACAAAAUGCUGAUGUACUAAAUAGUGCUGAGUUGUAUGACCCAUCAACAGGAAUUUGGACAGCUACUGGUAGCAUGAAUAGUAGACGAGUGCAUCACACAGCAUCUGUAUUAUCAAAUGGAAGUGUGUUAGUUACUGCUGGACAGAGUAAGGAUGGCUUUCUAAGUAGUGCUGAAUUGUAUGAUCCAUCAACAGGAACUUGGGCAGAAACUGGCAGCAUGAAUAGUGGACGGAGUUGGCACACAGCAUCCAUAUUAACAAAUGAAAAAGUGUUAGUUACUGGUGGACAGAGUGAUGAUGGCUUGCUAAGUAGUGCUGAGUUGUAUGAUCCAUCAACAGGAACCUGGAUAAAUAAUCAUAAUGGAAAUAGUUCACAAGAGGAGAUCACAGUAUCCGUAUUAACAAAAAGAAAAAUGUUUGGUAUUGGUGAAUGGUCAAAUGUUAGUGUGGUCUGA